UUGUAAAUGAAGCAGGCAGAGAAAAAGUGGGCGUUUCUGUCGACUUGGACUGAGCAUGGAUUAUGAGAGAAGAUGUUAAUUAAUGGACUGGAGUGGUAUGGAUUACUUGUGGAUUAUUUUGAUGUGUUUAUCAGCUAUUUGGACUCAUUCUGACGGCACCCAUUUACUGCAGAAGAUCCAUUGGGGCGGUCGUGGUGACCGCUUGGGUCGCUAUGGGAAAGAGUCUGAUGAUCACGACUACAGGGACAUGGACUAUCGUGGCUAUGGGCAAGAAAAUAGACUGAAUAGCAGCUUAACAAAUGCAAGGCAGCACGAGCCUGAUAGCAGUUUUGAAGCUAUGAGAGACUUUGCCUCAGGUAAUUUCUCGAAUAACCGACCUGGAUUCAGGCAAAAGGGAACCCGUGCAUCCGAAAACAACCAACUUGGAAAAAGCCUCCUCCAGUGUCCCUCAAAUGAGAAUAUCCACUCAAGAUUCCAGCAAGAUGAUAAAGAUUAUGAGUUUGAACCAGAGACUGAGGCACACAGGAGAGAUAUGCAGACAUUUAGAUCAGGACAGAAGGUGUAUCUGGAAGAACAAACCCCAGAUGAAGGUGAAGAAAAUGAGGACAGCACCUGGGGCAGAGUUAGAGGACGGCACAACUCUCAGGGCGAAUACAGUGCGGAGUGGGGAGCUGAGGAAGACAAACAUAUCAGACAUUCUGCACACAAACAAGGGUUUCCUGACCAAGCCCAACCAGCUAGGGACAAAGUAAGAGAUGGAAGCUUCCACCAUGCUCUAGAAAUGAGCCAGGAGGAGCCAGAACCCCGUGACCAGGACUACAGGUCUGAUACAGAGCAUGUCCAAAAGCCCAGCAACAUUGUCAUGCUGAGAAUGCUCCCACCAAAUGCAACUGUUAAUGAGAUUCGGGCUAGACUGCAGGAGCAGGGGAUCCAGCCCAGAGAAGUUCGCCUCAUGAGAAACAAGUCUUCAGGUCAGAGCAGAGGAUUCGCCUUCGUCGAGUUUAAUCACUUGCAGGAGGCCAGCCGCUGGAUGGAGACCAACCAGAGAGUGCUCACUAUACUGGGACAGCGAGUAUCUAUGCACUACAGUGAUCCAAAGCCUCGUGCUAAUGAAGACUGGCUCUGCAAUAAGUGUGGAGUGCAGAACUUUAAACGAAGAGAAAAGUGUUUCAAAUGCGGAGUACCAAAAUCAGAGGCUGAGUUGAAGCUGCCUCUGGUGCCAAAGACUUUACCUCUGGGGCAGUUAAAGGACUCAGCUCAGGGUUUACUGCCCCUUCCUGCCAUAUACCAGACAGCAGCUCCGAUUCUCAACUUAAGUUCUUCAUCCCCAGCUGCUGAAGUUGCCAAUGACACUCUGAUUUUGAGGAAUCUGGGACCCCAUACGACGCUGGAGGCCAUUUUGUCCGCUCUGGCCCCGUUUGCUACUCUCUCGCCUUCAAAUGUACGGCUCAUCAAAGACAAACAGACGCAACUCAACCGAGGGUUUGCUUUCCUUCAGCUCACUACUAUUGUGGAGGCUUCACAGCUGCUUCAGAUCCUCCAGUCCCUGCAGCCUCCUCUCUCAAUCGAUGGAAAGCUCAUUUCUGUGGAGUUUGCCAAGGGCUCCAAACGUGAUGUUUUUCUGACAGAUGGGAAUCGGGUGAGUGUGGCAACAGUAGCGAGUACAGCUAUAGCUGCAGCUCAGUGGGCCGUGACUCAGACGGCCCAGCUUGUGGGUGCAGCUCAGAGCGGUGAUAUCAGUGUGCACCAGCAGGGGGCAGCAGCUGUGUUUGGACAGGAGGUGGUGCAGGUUGUCAGUGCAGAGGCGCAAGCCUUUAAAGUGCCAGUGCCUGCGCUACUGACUAGCCACGCAACAUUAGGUGCUUCUGAUGGAGGAUCAGCCUCUACAGGAGAAACAGGUGCUACCUCUAUAUUGGCGCUCGCAGCAUCCCAGACUCAGCUUGUCGCCACGACAACCUCCACACUGGCCAAUCAGGCCCCGGUGGAAAUCAUUGGAAAACCUCAGCCUGCUACCCCGAACCAGCCUGCUACACCUGGAACUGCUCUGGAGUGCCAGCAGUACCCGGAUCCUGAUGUGUCCACGUACCAGUACGACGAGAGCUCUGGCUAUUACUACGACCCUCUUACAGGCCUCUACUAUGACCCAAAUUCACAGUACUAUUAUAAUCCCCAUACACAGCAGUACAUGUACUGGGAUGGGGAAAGACACACGUAUGUUCCCGCCCCGUCACAGACGUCCGAUGACGGCACAGACGCUGCAGCCACAGGAACGAUCUCUGACCUUACAGGUGCUCCCAACAGCAAGGACAAGAAGGACAAGCCCAAGAAUAAGACGGCACAGCAGAUUGCCAAAGACAUGGAGCGCUGGGCCAAAAGUCUGAACAGGCAGAAGGACAACGGGCGAGCGUCCUCCUCUUCCUCACUGAGCACUAACUCUCGAUUGAUGGCACAGGGGAGACCCGAUGACAGGAGGGAAUCUGCCAGCGCUGAUGCAGGCUACGCCGUCCUGGAGAUGAAGGGUGCCUUGCUGGAGAGACCUCAGAUUCUGAUGGAACAAAUCAAACAUCCAGAAGAAAGAGAACAGAGUCCUCCUCAGGGUCUGGUGGCUGGAUACAGUGGAGAGACAGACAGUGAGGAGGAGGCUGGAGAGCGAGAGGAGAGACUGACAGACUGGUCUAAAUUGGCCUGUCUGCUUUGCAGGAGACAGUUCCCCAGUAAAGAGGCUCUGAUCAGACAUCAGCAGCUCUCUGAGCUACACCGACAAAAUCUGGAGCAGAAGAGAGCCAGACAGACUCAGUCAGAGACACAAGAGCGAUCAGAAACAGAGCUGAAAUACAGGGACCGGGCAGCAGAAAGGAGAGAAAAAGGGGCCGUUCCACAAGCACCAGAUGCAAAAAAGAGGAGAUUCAGCCCUGUUGGCGUGGGAUCUCAGAUGCUUCCAGGAAGGAUGGAAAAAGGCUUUUUCAUUCGAAACCUGCCAGUGGAAUAAUAGCGUUGGUCUUUGGACUUCCUUCAGUGCUAAACGCAAUGCCUCGUGAGCAGUUUUUAAUCAUAUGGUGCGGAACAUGUGCGCAGUGCAGCUAAGAGACCAUCAUCAGGAUGUUUCACAUAGAAGAGAAUGAUAUGGAAAUGAUGAGAUUUUUAUAUAAAAAUAUAUACUUUAUGGGAUUCAGGUUAAUUUAAAGAAAACCCCUCAGGAUCCUGAGAAAUACAAAAAAGCUACUAUUGAUAGCACAGUUACUGUAAAUAAUAACUUCAGCCCAUUGUCAGCUUCCCAAAAAGCAAUUUGUGAACAUUUGUUGAUGUGAUGAAUUUAUGAAACAUUUUGCUGUUCUGGGAAGCUGUGAAAAUGAUGUCAGGAUGGAAAACUUGGGUAAUUCAGUCUUUUUGUCCCUUUAAGUAUGAUUUGAAUAACAGCCAUCAUGGGCCCCGAGGAGAAGCUUUGCUAGUAAGUGUGCUAUGCAUUUGCAUGUCUUGUAUGACAUGACAGUCUAUGCAGAAAUGACAGACAGCAGCUGUCUGUGUCGACUUGCACAGUAGAUUAGACUUAGUGAUUAUCUUGACAAAAAGGCACAGCAGAUGAUUAUUGUUUACUUAUAUGAAUUUUUAUUAAUCUGAUUUGCAGUAAAUAUGUAUCAAAUUAUAUGAUUUAGACUAUAUAAACUGUUUAAGAUUAUAUAAGCUGACAUACAGUUUGUUUAUGUGAAUUUAAGAUGGACAGAGUGAAUUUGUGAGUGUAUGUCCUUAUGAGCACUAAGUGCCGUUAUGUUUUUAUUGUUGUUGUUGUUUAUGCAAACUUAAAAAAUCAUGUAAAUGAUCAUCAAAUUCUAAUUUUGCUUAAAUGUCAUUUAGAAGGGGCUGAAAGCCCAUUUUGUUGGACCGGUUUGUUUAAAAUUGAUUCCUAAUGAAAGGAUUACAUUUUGUUUUCAUUAAUUAUUUUAUUUGAAAGUAGAAAAUUCUGUAUGAAUAUGGAGAAUGUGACAUGUUGAAAGGAUUACAGAGAAUUUUUCAUUUUCAUAUUCAUUUCUCAGUGCAGUAAGAGAAUCUCACAAAACCUCUCAAGAACAUGUCUAGGUCUUGAUUUCCCCAAAUCGAAGUGUGAUAUAAUAAUUUACUAAACUGUAUUUAAUAAAAAAGAAAACUGAGUUUAUUUUUAGGGUGAUUAAGAUUUUUCAUGUUGUAUUGUUGCAUUAUUUUCAUUCCAGUUAAGCAUUUUAUGUGGAACAAAAUGUGGAAAAUAGUGUUUACUGUUAUGUGAAAAAGCAGAAUUGUUUUAUUUAGUUCUACAUAAAUCAUUUCAUUUUUAAAUUUAGCUGUGAAAUUUGACUUUGUGAGAUUUCUUUGUGAAAUUGACCCGUACAGAUCAUUGUGAUACAGUGACCCCAUAACCAUCUGGGACUUUUGCAAUGAGUGAAUUUGUCCCUCAACCACCAAUGUGUGUUGAAAGAAUGCAUUUGCACAAUACAGCUUCCUGUUUUGACAUCAA